AUGGCUGAGGGACAAGACAGCAGUCACACAGGUGUUAGGAGGUACUUCUUCUUCACAAAGGAAAAUGUCAGCUCAGAUUGGAAGGACCUGGCCUUCCAUCUUGGGUUUGGGCGAGCAGACACAGACAACAUUGCAUGUAGAAACCGAGAUGACAAGUCUCGCUGCAUGGAUUUAUUGGAAGAAUGGGUCAAGCGUCAUGGAGAUAGGGCCACCGUGGAGGUUCUGAUGGAAUCUCUGGCUGGGGCAAAUUUGCAGAGCACUGUGGACGGUCUGACGACAAAAUAUCCUGGUAAAAUGUUCACCAUUCCUAUUCAUGAACGAUUCCUUUCUAUUUCAGAUGCGUUCCUGGGGUCUAUUAGAAAGUACUAUGAGCUGAAGCUAACUAAAUUAAAGCCUUUGAUCUGGAACGACAACUUCACGCUUUCCCUCAGCGAUGUUUUCACAGAAUUGCAGUUGAUACAAACCCGUGCAAAACGUUCCGGACCAGCGGCAGAAAUAAAGAGGCUAGAUGAUCUGUUCAAUUCAAAUGUCACAGAACAGUCUAAGACACAGAGGUGUAUUCUAAUUGAAGCCGAACCCGGAGGAGGGAAGACAACAGUUAUGUCUAGAGAGGCCCUAGAUGCUGUCUCACGGGAAACAGAGCUGGGCAGACGACACGACAUCGUUCUGUUGAUCCGACUACGGGAGGUGAGAGAGGGAGAGACCAUAGAGGAGAUGGUGUGGGACCAGUGUGUUCCUGAAACAACCGAAGGUAUUGAUAUACAGUCAAUCAAACCAAUCUUACAGCAGAACGAGUCCCGGGUACUCUUCCUCCUAGAUGGGUAUGAUGAGCUCCAGCCUGAGGCCAGGGCAGCCGGGCAGGCCAUUCCCAAGCUGCUAUCUGGCAAACUGUACCCCAACAGCACAAUCGUGAUCACCUCCCGACCCUCAUCAGAAGGAGUUCAGAAGCACGCCCAGCCAGACUGCCACGCACGUAUCAUUGGCUUCUCCUCUGAGCUUGUGACGAAAUACGUUGAAAAAUACUUCGCAGCUGUUGGAAAGCAAGACUUAGCAAAAACACUUACGGGCCAUCUCGAAGAGAAUGAUGUUUUGGGAAAUUUAGUGAAGACCCCAUUUUUCUUAAUGUUGGUCUGUCUGCUGUGGGAAGAAGACCAAAUGAUGGUUUCAACCGGAACGAUGACGGGACUGUAUGGCAACCUGUUGACAUGUCUUGUGAAAAAGCACUGCACACGGGAAGGCGUGGACAUGCCAACAGACGGGAUGCCUUCAGACUUGGCUACUGCAUUACUGCAGCUCGGAAAGAUUGCGCUAGAGGCACUGCUGAAGAAUGAGAGUCAACUUGAACUUGCAGAAGUAGAGAAGCAAAAUGUAAACGUGAAGCUUCUGUUGAAGCUUGGCGUGGUCUUCUCAGAGGUCUCUGCCUCAAAGCUGCACCCUCGGAAACAGCUGACCUUUGCACACAAGACGAUGCAAGAGUUCCUGGCCGGACGCUAUCUCGCUACCGUUGUGGUGAAUCAAAAUAUUGGAGAUUUGCUCAAGCUUCAAUCCAUCAAUGAGGUUUUUGAGCACAGUACUCUGAUCCAGUUCACGUGUGGGUGUGACUCGCGGGCAGCGCAGGCUGUGAUGUACGGACUGGUAAAUUUCCUCCCCACGAUGCUUGCUGAGUUACGUGAAAAGGCGACUAAAUAUGACCAGCCAGAGAAAGAAAUUUUUGACACAUACGAAAGGUUUACUCUGCUAUGUUUUCGCAUCCUGAACGAAAGGACAGAUCCCAAGGUACUACAGGUUGUCAACCGAGUCCUGCCCGUUAUAAAGUUACAAAAUUACAAAAUGGACAGGAAACAACAUGCUGCUCUAAAGUAUUUCCUGCAAAACCAUCAGCCGUCAGACACUCCGUACAAAAUGACACUUGAAGUAAAUGGUGUCUCAAGCGAUGUUAUUGUACUUUAUUACCUGGAGCAAACGUUUACCUCCCCCACUCCUUGUCUGCAAUUAGACCUAAAACUAAGCGAAGCGUAUUUUGACUCACCUGAUGAGACAUCCAGACUGGUUUCGGUUCUGAAGAAUGUACCCAGACUGAGGGCACUGCACAUAGAAGACGAAAAUCUAACGCCAGAAAAACUAAAGCCACUUGUGCAGGGGCUAAAGCACGUGUCUCUGUUAGAAGAGCUACGUUUCAUAUCGAACACUGACUUGGGCGAUGCUGGAAUAGAAGUUCUGCUGGUUGGGCUGGACUAUGUUCCACAUUUGGCAGUCCUGCAUAUUGAAGAUUGCAACGUAACAGAUGUGAGCAUGGCAUCGCUGGCUUCUUACAUGGACAAACUAUCACGAUUGAAAGAAUUGCAUCUUAAUGCCAGCGAGUUCGGUGACACCGGGCUGGUGUCCCUUGCCACCGUCUUCCCCAGGCUCAUAGCAAUUCAAGUCUUGGCCCUAAGGCGGAACCGUUUCACUAACGCUGGUAUGCCCACGCUUGCCCCAGCACUAUGUCACCUACCUGGACUGCUCAAGCUGGACAUUAGCGGCAACAUGAUAGGGGACACCGGAGUUGAGUGCCUGUCUGACAUCCUUCCCUACCUCGCAGCCAUGGAGGUGUUGAAGCUCAGUGGGACAGGCAUCGGUGACAAGGGAAUAUCAGCCCUGGUCAAGCCACUGGCUCAACUGGUAGAAUUACAGGUCCUGGACGUUAGCCACAAUAGUAUUGGCGAGCGGGCCAUCGUCUCACUGGUUCAGACAUUCUGCCAGCCCAGCGCUUUGGACAUGGAGCAAAACCCACCCCGUGACAAGAGUGGGACCACACCCCCGCACUGCAACACCGCACCACAGGAGCGGGACAGCGAAAAAGCUAAAGGUACAGGACAAAUGCUCCAAACCCCGCCAUCGAAGCUGUCCGAGCUAAACAUGUCUCAUGUCUACCAGCGCACACCUGUACACCUGCCUGACACCGCAGCGAUGGCCGUGGCAGAGGCUCUACCCAGACUACCUGCCUUGAAGUGUCUGGGCCUGGGUGAAAUCUCCAUGGAGACUGAGGGGUUCCAGGCGUUGGUGCAGGCUGCUGAGGAACACCCAAUGCUGCGGGAAUUGACGUGA